GAGCUCCGAGCUCCGCGCCCCGCGCGGAACCGAGCCUGUGCUCAUGGCUCUGAUCAUGGAACCGGUGAGCAAAUGGUCUCCGAGUCAAGUAGUGGACUGGAUGAAAGGUCUUGAUGACUGUUUGCAGCAGUAUAUUAAGAACUUUGAGAGGGAGAAGAUCAGUGGAGACCAGCUGCUGCGCAUUACACAUCAGGAGCUAGAGGAUCUGGGGGUCAGCCGCAUCGGCCAUCAGGAACUGAUCUUGGAAGCGGUUGACCUUCUGUGUGCACUGAAUUAUGGCUUGGAAACAGAAAAUCUAAAAACCCUUUCUCACAAGUUGAAUGCAUCUGCCAAAAAUCUACAGAAUUUUAUAACAGGGAGGAGAAGGAGUGGCCAUUAUGAUGGGAGAACCAGCCGAAAAUUGCCAAAUGAUUUUCUGACUUCGGUUGUGGAUCUGAUUGGAGCAGCCAAGAGUCUGCUUGCCUGGUUGGACAGAUCACCAUUUGCUGCUGUCACAGACUAUUCAGUUACAAGGAAUAAUGUCAUACAGCUCUGCUUGGAAUUAACAACAAUCGUGCAACAGGAUUGUACUGUAUAUGAAACAGAGAAUAAAAUUCUUCAUGUGUGUAAAACUCUUUCUGGAGUCUGUGACCACAUCAUAUCCCUGUCAUCAGAUCCUCUAGUUUCACAGUCUGCCCACCUUGAAGUGAUUCAGCUGGCAAACAUCAAACCAAGUGAAGGGCUGGGUAUGUAUAUUAAAUCAACAUAUGAUGGCCUCCAUGUAAUUACUGGCACUACAGAAAAUUCACCUGCAGAUCGGUGCAAGAAAAUCCAUGCUGGUGAUGAAGUGAUUCAAGUUAAUCAUCAGACUGUGGUGGGGUGGCAGUUGAAAAAUUUGGUGAAUGCACUACGAGAGGACCCGAGUGGUGUUAUCUUAACUUUGAAAAAGCGACCUCAGAGCAUGCUUACCUCAGCACCAGCUUUACUGAAAAAUAUGAGAUGGAAGCCCCUUGCUCUGCAGCCUCUUAUACCUAGAAGUCCCACAAGCAGCGUUGCCACGCCUUCCAGCACCAUCAGUACACCUACCAAAAGAGACAGUUCCGCCCUCCAGGAUCUCUACAUUCCCCCUCCUCCUGCAGAACCAUAUAUUCCCAGGGAUGAAAAAGGAAACCUUCCUUGUGAAGACCUCAGAGGACACAUGGUGGGCAAGCCAGUGCAUAAGGGAUCUGAAUCACCAAAUUCAUUUCUGGAUCAGGAAUAUCGAAAGAGGUUUAAUAUUGUGGAGGAAGAUACUGUCUUGUAUUGUUAUGAAUAUGAAAAGGGAAGAUCAAGUAGUCAAGGAAGACGAGAAAGCACCCCAACUUAUGGCAAGCUACGACCUAUAUCUAUGCCAGUGGAAUAUAAUUGGGUGGGGGACUAUGAAGAUCCAAAUAAGAUGAAGAGAGAUAGUAGAAGAGAAAACUCUCUACUCCGAUAUAUGAGCAAUGAAAAAAUUGCUCAAGAAGAAUACAUGUUUCAGAGAAACAGCAAAAAAGACACAGGGAAGAAGUCUAAAAAGAAGGGUGAUAAGAGUAGUAGCCCGACUCACUAUUCAUUGCUACCUAGUUUGCAAAUGGAUGCACUGAGACAAGAUAUCAUGGGCACACCUGUGCCGGAGGCCACACUAUACCAUACAUUUCAGCAGUCUUCUCUGCAGCACAAAUCAAAGAAGAAAAACAAAGGUCCUAUAGCCGGCAAGAGCAAAAGACGAAUUUCUUGCAAAGAUCUUGGCCGUGGUGACUGUGAGGGCUGGCUUUGGAAAAAGAAAGAUGCGAAGAGUUAUUUUUCACAAAAAUGGAAGAAAUACUGGUUUGUCCUAAAGGAUGCAUCCCUAUAUUGGUAUAUUAAUGAGGAGGAUGAAAAAGCAGAAGGAUUCAUCAGUCUGCCUGAAUUUAAAAUUGAUAGAGCCAGUGAAUGCCGCAAGAAAUAUGCAUUCAAAGCCUGUCAUCCUAAAAUCAAAAGCUUUUAUUUUGCUGCUGAGCAUCUUGAUGAUAUGAACAGGUGGCUUAACAGAAUUAAUAUGCUGACUGCGGGAUAUGCAGAAAGAGAGAGGAUUAAGCAAGAACAAGAUUACUGGAGUGAGAGUGACAAGGAAGAAGCAGAUACUCCAUCAACACCCAAACAGGACAGCCCUCCACCCCCCUACGAUACAUACCCACGGCCUCCCUCCAUGAGUUGUGCCAGUCCUUAUGUGGAAGCAAAACACAGCCGGCUCUCCUCGACAGAGACCUCUCAGUCGCAAUCCUCCCAUGAGGAGUUUCGCCAGGAACUGACUGGGAGCAGUGUGGUGUCCCCCAUUCGCAAGACAGCCAGUCAGCGCCGCUCCUGGCAGGAUUUAAUCGAGACGCCCCUGACGAGCUCAGGGUUACACUAUCUUCAGACUCUGCCCCUGGAGGAUUCCGUCUUCUCUGACUCCGCGGCCAUCUCCCCAGAGCACAGGCGUCAGUCCACCCUUCCAACUCAGAAGUGCCACCUACAGGAUCACUAUGGGCCGUACCCCUUAGCUGAGAGCGAGAGGAUGCAAGUGUUAAAUGGAAACGGGGGCAAGCCUCGAAGUUUUACUCUGCCUCGAGAUAGCGGGUUCAACCACUGCUGUCUGAACGCGCCGGUUAGUGCCUGUGACCCGCAGGAUGACGUGCAGCCCACAGAGGUGGAGGAAGAGGAGGAGGAGGAGGAGGAGGAAGGGGAGGCAGCAGGGGAAAACAUAGGAGACAAAAGUGAAAGUAGGGAAGAAAAGUUAGGAGACUCUUUGCAAGAUUUAUAUAGGGCAUUGGAGCAAGCCAGUCUGUCACCACUGGGAGAACAUCGCAUUUCAACCAAGAUGGAAUACAAGCUAUCAUUUAUAAAGAGAUGUAAUGAUCCUGUGAUGAAUGAAAAACUACACAGGCUAAGAAUUCUCAAAAGCACUUUAAAGGCCAGAGAAGGGGAAGUAGCCAUUAUUGAUAAAGUCCUAGACAAUCCAGACUUGACAUCAAAAGAAUUCCAACAAUGGAAGCAGAUGUACCUCGAUCUUUUCUUGGAUAUCUGUCAAAACACCACCUCAAAUGACCCAUUAAGUAUUUCUUCUGAAGUAGAUGUAAUCACUUCCUCCCUAACACACACUCAUUCAUACAUUGAAACGCAUGUGUAAGUGUAUUCUGCCCUCUGGCCGUGUGGUACCUUUUGGUACUUUGAACAAGUAUAUAAGGUAGUUUUUAUAUCAAC